CGGCAGGGCUUUCGUGAGCAUUUUCUGGUAGGGAACGGCCUUUAUCAGUCGUGCAACGCACACCACACAUACCUGCCACGUUGACCUCCAUCGCCACCGCCACUAGCCAUAGCCAGGUAUACUCCGCACCUCGCAUUUUCUUACUCCGGCCUCCCUCCAUGCCCUGUGUUCCUCAAGCAACGGCACCAUCCGCCCAUCCCCUCUCCCCGCCAUGAAGUCCCACCAGAGCAAGAGCGGCCCGUCUUCUCGGAAGCGCUCGGCCGCCGUCGCCGCGCCGGUGGCCUUCCUGCUCGUCCUGGUGCUCGUCACGCUCUACGACUUGACCUUCGCUGACCGGCGUUACCUGCGCAUACAUGGCGCCUCUUCCUCGUCGUCGUCGUCGUCGUCGUCUCCGGCAUGCGACCUCACGCGGGGCGAGUGGGUGCGGGACGCCGCGGAGGCGCCCUACUACACGAACCUGACGUGCCCCUUCAUCGACGACCACCAGAACUGCAUCAAGUUCGGCAAGCCGAGCCUCGAGUUCCUGCGCUGGAGGUGGCGCCCGGACGGCUGCGAGCUCCCCCGCUUCGACGCCGCGCGGUUCCUGCACGCCAUGAGGGGCAAGUCCAUGGCCUUCGUCGGGGACUCCCUCGCCAGGAACCACUUCAAGUCCCUGCUCUGCCUCUUGUCAAGGGUGGCGCAGCCGGUGGAGGUCGGGGGCGAGCCGGAGAUCGACCCGACGGGGAGGGCCGUCCGGCGGGACUACUACUACGGCAGCCACGACUUCACGGCCUCCCUCUUCUGGUCGCCCUUCCUGGUCAAGGCCAACCUGUCCAACGCCACGCUCGGCAUGUGGGACGUGCACCUCGACACGCCGGACGCUCGGUGGGCGUCGCACCUCGCCGGCUUCGACCACGUCGUCCUGUCCGGCACCAACUGGUUCCUCCGCCCCUCGGUGUACUACGAGGGCGGUCGCGCCGUCGCGUGCAACGGCGGCGCGAGCUGCGUCGCCGGGAACGUGUCGGCCGAGAUGACCGUGCCCCGCGCCCUCCGCGCGGCGUUCCGGACGGCGCUCGGCGCCGUCGCCGCGAGCGAAGGGUUCCGCGGCAAGGCGGUGCUCCGGACGGUGACGCCCGCGCACUUCGAGGGCGGCGAGUGGAACACGGGCGGCGACUGCGUGCGCACGCACCCGUACCGCCGCGGUGACCGCGCCCUGGGCGCCGUCGAGGCCGAGUACCGCAGCGCGCAGGUCGAGGCGCUGAGGGAGACGAAGUCGGCGAGGACGAGGAGGGACGGCUCGGAGGCGGAGCUGGUGCUGAUGGACAUCACGGGGGCGAUGGACCUGCGGCCGGACGGGCACCCGAGCCGGUACGGGCACCCGCCGGGCGGGAGCGUGGAGGGCAGCUUCGUGGUGGACUGCCUGCACUGGUGCCUGCCGGGCCCGAUCGACCUGUGGAGCGAGCUGCUGUCACACAUGCUCCUGCAUCCACGUCCAUGAGUUGCCAAUCGCCCAAGUGACAAAAACAAAACAAAAACCUCUAUUACACGGCCGUGAUUCUUUGAUUCUUCAGACGUGAAACGGUUGAGGGAUGAUGUUGUAGUCGUGGAUCGUCGGCACAAGUUGUAUUUGCACCAACUUUCCAAGCAAAGUAGACCCUCCACUAAGCAUGGCUAGUGUCACGCUGUCAACACGCUGACUUGAGAGCAUGUCUGUGUCGUGUCGUGCCGUGUCGUGGCUACUUGCUUGGUGACCAUGGAGUGGAAGCUGUCCAUAUCCAUCGGCACUACCAUGUGGACUCACCGAUCGACGCGGGAUGAACUAACGUGUAACCCAUGAUCGUAGAUUCCCUGUCUUUUCUGGAAUAUGUAUUUGCCACAGAAGGAACUGGUCAACUGGAUCCUGAGUUCCUGAUUCA